AUGGCCGUCAGUCACGCCUCGCUGGGGCCGGCCGCCGUGGCCUUCCUCGCCGGGUCGCUGGCCAUGAUGUUCUUUAUCAUCCUGGCCGGCGUGGCCGACUCCCCGCCCCUCAACAACACCUACUUCCUCGAGGCCAGUACCGACGGCGUCCGCGGCGCCAGGAGCACAUCGCGCUGGACCUACCUCCACGUUUGCGGGCCCGCGAACCUCGACUGCUCCCCCGCCAGGCCCGCACCCGGCGUCGGCUCGGCCUGGCCGAACGGCGGCGCCGGUGCCCCCACCGAGCUUCUCGGACCUUGGGACGGCAACACGACGUCGGAAUACUACUGGUACAUGUGGCGGUUCGGCUGGGUGCUGUUCCUCAUCGCCCUCUUCUUCGAGGUCAUGGCCUUCUUCGCCUCCUUCAUCGCCUGCCUCGGCCGCCUGGGCUCGGCCGUCGCGGGCCUCGUGUCCAUGGGGGCCUUGUUUUUCCUGACCAUUGCCGUCGCGCUGAUGACCGCCACCUUUGUCAAGAUGCGCGACGCCUUCCUGGCCGCCGGCACCGACGCCCACAUCGGCACCUACGCCUUCGGCUUCGCCUGGGGCGCCUGGGCCGCCCUGCUCAUCGCCACGGGCCUCCUCGUCGCCGGCGUCCGCGGCGGCUCAAAGGCCGACAGGUCCCGCUCCCGCCGCUGGGGCAAGCGGCAGAGAAGCGUGAGGAGCCGCCGCCCCCACGAGAUGGGGAGCAGGCGCGUCAAGGACAACUACGCAUGA